GCAUACGCUGUUAUUUCUUUAUGCCAGUCUACCAAUCGUGUGCAAUAGCAUUGAUAUUUUUGGUAUGGUCAUGUUAUAGUCUUGAUAGAAGUCGUAUGGGGCCAUCAGAAUCAGAUCCUGUCUUACCGCCUUGCUUGAAUGGGCUUGAAUCGUCUGAACGCCGUGUGUCCAUAUGGAUCCGAAGAAGCAUAUCGCAUAUAGUCGCCGUACUCGACGUAACAGUCUUGGGUCCGGCCCCUCGGUGGACGACUACAUAAAGUCUACUGUCCAGCGUCUGCAAAACCCAUCCCUCAAAACUGCCUUGAGUGGAAACUUACCGUUUGCUGUCCCAGUUUGCGAUUCCCUUCUUUUAUCUCCCGCAUUCUUCCCUCCGCAAGUAACUUAUCGGCGCAUACAUUCACAAAAAUCAAGAUAUGGUCAAUUGGUCAACUCAGCAACAACUGAUAGUGGAAACUGAUGCAUUCGAGAAGCUUUUAUAUGUUUUGUUCGGAUUGUAUGUUUGGGAGUUAUUCCUAACAUGUCCAUUCGAAUGGUCGUUGCUCACUAGACGACGGAAGUUCAAAUGGCCACUGUUUUUUUCUUCCUGUGUCGCUACCUCAUCGUUUGGGCUUUGAUUGGAUUGAUCUUAUCGUUAACUGUUACAUCAAAGGUCAAUUGUGGUGCCUUGUAUACAUUUAAUUCUUGGACAGGAAACAUGACGAUCCUCUGCGCCUCAACAUCACUUAUGCUUAGGACGAUGGCUCUCUGGCGCCCAAAACCGGCAGUACUUUUUAUCCUGGGUGCCCUCUGUCUCGGCCAUUGGGGUUUACUUUGGCGUGGCAUGUUCAUCGUGAAGGCCGUCUGGAGUGACGUCGCUGGCGCCUGCAUUGUGGACUCUACAAACCAUCUCCUACUCAACAUCAACUUUUUCUAUACUAUGGGAUUCGAUUUUGUCAUUCUGGUCUUCACAGCAGUGGCUCUGGGAAAUCAGUACAAGCGAUCGGCCUCGGGCCUGUCUGUACUCUUGUUCCAGGAUGGUUUGGUAUAUUUCCUAGUCAGUUUUAGUUGCAACACAGUUCCUGCAGUGUUAAAUAUACUCAAUUUAAACGUGGAAAUGAACAUAAUUGCUACGGUCCCUGCGGCAACCGUUUCAGCAAUCGCUGCCUGUCGCUCAGUGAUACGCCUCGGGGAGUUUUCGAAUGAAGUCCACAUCCAUGUCCAUUCCUCUAGUGUCAUCAUCACCUCAGCCAAUGACCCUUCGGGCAACGUAGGCUCACCCAGGCUCUCGAUGCCUCCGAAAAGCUUCAGCAUGCGAAAACACACCAGCUCGAGACCGGAGGUCCAUGUAAAAACAGAAUCAUUCACUAUGGCAGAGCUCACAACCCCGAGUACAGCAUCAGCGCGCUCACCAUACUCUCCUUAUGAUAAGUAUUACGGGCACGCAAGUGACCGCUUAUCUUUCGAUUCUAAUCCAGAGCUGGAUGUACAGAAGAUGACACCCAUCGAGGAGAUACCUUCACCACCUGCCGUUCACUUUGCUUCCGCUGUAUGAUCCUCUCGCAAGACCUACCAACAGACUACAACCGUAAUUCAUUCUAAAACGCAGAUAAUAUAUCCACUAGACUGUAAACAAUAGCCCUGACGAAUGGAAAUGGAAAAAGAAAGGAAGGAACGCAGUUCAUAGCCUCAACUGGUAUCAGGCUUUUAGGGAAUUUAUAUAUCCAGAGUAAUCAAAUGCAUUGUGCAAAAGCUAAUACGGAGUUGGAGUAGUCUCCCCAAUUACAAUAAUUGCGCCUGGUGCUUUCGCUAUGGACUCUCUGCUGCCCCAGCACUUUUAUAUCGCAACGCGAUCAUAAGGUCACGAAGGAUGGACGUCGGUAGACAAGUGAAACUGCAUGAAAAGCUUCUUGAUAAGCAUGCAAGCCAUCAAACGACUAUGAUCAUCGUCUGCGAGAAGGACGACCUGGUUUCCGCCGUGCGGCUACUACACCUUGUCGGCUUGCCCCCUGUGCUUUUGGUCGAGGUGCCAAUCCUUUAGACUUUCUCCACUCCUCCCGCCGGGAGCCCCGUGGACCAUGAGUCGAGAUACGAGCAUCGACAGAUUUAGCGCCCGACUUUGCACCCCCAUCAAGCUCCAUUUGAUCUGCUCCGUUUGUGUUUUCGAUGUUGUCGCCAUCUUUUCUCCCUCGUCGGCAUCUCCUACCGCCACAUCCCCAUCCUUAUCCUGCGUACUGAGAGCGACGAGUUUGGCAUUGAGCCGAUUGAGUCGUGCAGCCUCUGUCGCUGCAUAUAUGCCGACUUCACGUUUUUUCGAGCGGAACGAGCGCUUGACUUUGGAUCGCAUUGAUUUUGCCAUGGUGGAGAAAGGGUGGUUGGCAGAGGUAGAAAGAGUGCUUUUGUUGGGAUUGUUUAACUGCGGAGAUGUAUAGCUUUUUAGCGUCGAUUGUGACUUGAAAAAAGUCGAAUGGAACAACUCAGUCAGUCAGUCGC